GUCCACAUAAAUAGGCCCCAUCGUCCCUCUCGAAGACAGGUGUCAUUAAGUCUUAGAAUUGGUUUUGGUCUCCUGAGACUCGUGGACCGGAAUAAAUUUGGUGAUCUUUGCAAAAUAUAUUUAUUCGCUUGUUCAUCUGUCGUUGUUUCUCAAAAGACUUGGCUUCCUAUAAUUGUCACAGCAAAAAGUCAUAAGCACACACUUCUUCCAGGAGAAAAAAAAGAAGAUGGCAGCUGCAGAUACCAUCGCCCCGGCCCUCCCUCCUGCCUUCUCCGCCUAUGUGCCGUCGCCGUCCUCUUCCAAGCCACAGAAUGGUAAAAUAAAACCAAUUGUCAACAACGGUGAUGCUGUAGAGCAAAGUGGGAGUGUUCAGUUCGACCCAAGCGUACAUCUCAACUUUACCGCACCCUCCAAGGUGCAUACCAUGAAAGAACUAGGGUAUAAAGAUAAUGUUGGAGUGUCGCCAGUCGGCGUGUCUGAGCCUUUCCCGCUGUUCUCGGCAGAGGCCAUCAAGCAGAUGCGAAAAGAGGUUCUGAGCGAGAAUGUGUGGCGCCACUAUAAGUUCUCAAGCAAUAUCGCCCAAUGCCAAUUGCGAGGAUUUGCUCCAGAGUUCGCUCCCUUCGUAUAUGAUGCCUGGAAAAAUCCCGAAACUUUGGCCAUAGUUUCCAAAAUUGCUGGAAUUGACCUCGUUCCAGUGAUGGACUGGGAGAUUGGGCAUAUAAACAUCUCCGUCCAAUCAGAGGAACAAAAGAACAAGGCCCUCGCAGAUGCAGCAAGGAAGGCUGAAGAAGGGGAGGAUGAGGAGCAGAUGCCUAUUGUUGAUUGGCAUACGGAUAGUUAUCCCUUUGUUUGCGUGCUAAUGCUGAGCGACUGCACCAAUAUGAUCGGAGGAGAAACGGCUCUUCGUAAGGGAGAUCGCAGUAUUCUGAAAGUCAGGGGCCCGCAAAUGGGCUGUGCUGUUGUCCUUCAGGGGCGAUAUAUUGAGCAUGUCGCGUUACGCGCCCUCGGCUCCACCGAGCGCAUUACCAUGGUGACAUCCUUCCGGCCCCGUUCUGCAACAUUGCCGGAUGACACAGUCCUUACGACUGUGCGUGCCAUCUCGGACUUACCGGAGCUCUAUUUCCAGUUUAGCGAGUACAGACUUGAGAUACUUGAGGAGAGAAUUCGCAAGAAGCUGAAGGAGAUACGCGAUCAAAAACGAGCGCGUCGACCCUUCAACACUCAGAGUCUCAAGCGAUUCUUGCUAGAGCAGGAGCAGUUCUUGGCUCACAUGAACAAAGAAAUGGUGGAUGAAGAUAAAGUCACCGUAGGGUUCACGGACGACAGUCAUUUGCUUUCGGAGGAUCUCAAGGAGCGUUCAAGGAAGCGAGCACGUCCUACGAUCGAGUAAAACGCUUCAAAUUCUCGCAUACGAUACGUGGUGCAUUAGGAUAGUGUCGCAAGGGAAAUUGUGCCUUUUUCAGAGUUGCUCGGAAUUUGCCGUCAUUUGUUGUACUCUUUCGUUUACUGCCUUUGUUGUUGCGGUUGUGGAAGUGCUGCAUCAGGAAGAUAAUAUAUUUAGCAGUGGUCGCUUUUGGAAUCAUAUCGUUGUCGCUUUGGGUAACAGCCUUCGUGUUAUCUUAUCGCUUCAGGAGUUUCAUAGUGCGAAUAUUUCGAUGUACAGCGUAUAUGGUAAAUGCUACCAUUCUCGGGUCACUGAAGAAUGUUGACACGAAUGACUCGAAACAAAUGCAAGCUGCAUGGGAAUGUCGAGACUUGUUUGCCAGAUGAUUAUAAACCAUCGGUGGCAAGAGUACUGGAGACACCGCUUAGUUUUCGCACGUAGAGAAAGGAACAA